AUGGAUGUAUCCCUCUUAAGUUCACCUACUGCUCCUGUUUGGGCCUUUUCUGCCUCGACUCAGUUACGCAUUGGAGCGCGGGGUCAAUUAAAUAAUUCAAAGAAGAUAAGUAAACCUGCUUCCAAGGAAGAUAAUGCAUUGGGAGACAAGUGCAAGAGGGGAAGACCAAGUUCUCGGUGGAUGAAUGACGUGCGGCUAGAUAGGGGAGUAAAUGAGUGUAGAGCGAGUGUAGAGCGUCUGCCAUUGAUUCCACCCCCACCCUUGGUGAUGGCCGUUGGUCUGUCGUCGGUGUUCUUCUCAGUUUCUUCAUUCGCAUGCGACGGUCAACCUCCGUUUGCCUGUAGUUCAAACUCCAGAUUCUCGUUCUUCAGCUCUGGGCUCCGCACGUGCAGCGAUUCUACUUUGCCGACACCUGAUGAAUUUGGUCCAUCAAAAAGAUGCGUGACGCAGAUACGAGGUGCAGUUGAUGAAAGGAGGAUUGAUCAUGAAUUGUUAUUACUAUCGGAAGACUACAUUAAAAAUAAUACACACCGCCCUUUCACCUCCCCUGCCAGCACCACUCCCCCGGCUCCGAUGGCGCUGCAGCUGAAAGGCGAGGAUCACAUGCCGGGGUCGGGGAUCUGUCCCCAGGUUCUCCCGCAGUCGAGCCGCCAGGGACGAUCGUCGGCCACCCCGCCCUCGACCCUCCCCCUCCCCUCUCCGCCCCCCGCCGCCAAACCCUCUCCAGGCGUGCACCACGCGCAGAUCCUCUAUUACCCACCUUCAAUGCAACGCCGAUUACCAGUCCAUCAAGUUUGGCCAAUGUUAAUAUGCAAUAGUAUUGAAUUAGCCCGCCGAUAUGGUAAUGUUUGCUUUGUGGCGGCUGGAGCUGGGCACAAGCCCCACCUCGCGACGCAUCGAUCCGUGCAAACGCACAGCGCGCAGAUCAACUCUUCGCUUAUGCACUGGCCAUACGUAGGAAGUGCGUCCUCUCCCCCUAUUGCGUGGGAGGGGAGGUGCGCAGCUGGCAAUGUGGCGGGACAAUGCGCGGCCGGCGGCGCGCGCGCCUUUGGAGGAGGCGCGUGCGCAAACAAUGACGCGGACGCAACGCGCGUAAUCCCAUCGCCGACUCCACCGUUAACGCCUCCUCGUCCCCGGCGGCGGCAACUGUCAACGCGUCGUUGCGCCGCGCCGCGCAGUCCCGCGCCAGCCCUCGCCGCCGGCGCCGCCCCCCACGCACCAUCGCCCAGCAUCGCUCGCCACUCCGCCCGGCUGCUCUGA